GAAAGGGAUGUCUUCAUCGCCAGCCGGGAUGGAGCAAGCCCGCCCGCGCGGGAGCGCCGAGAGCCCGAGGGUCCCUCCGGCGCCGGCGGCAGCCGGCAUGACUUGACCGCCCCCACCCCGCGCGGCCCCGCUCUCCAGGCGCCCCCACCCUCCCGGGUGCGCGCGCACGAGCCGGCGAGCCGGGGAGCGGUGCGCCCGGCAGCCUGCGGGCGGCGGCGGCGACUGGCUCGCGGGGAGCGGGUGGCCGGGGGCGGCGGAGGAGGAGCCGGCGGCGCGGCCGCUCCCCUCGGGCCGCGCCCCGCCCUCCGUCGCCACCUGCGCGUCCCCUCCGGGCUCUCCGGCCCCAGGGCUGUGGGGGCUCUCGGUGCCGCAGCGGCGGUGUCACUGCGUCCGCCAAUUGGGAGACUCGGCGCUCGGGUCCUUGGGGCGCGGGACGAGCCGCGCGGCCCGCUCUGACAAGCGCUGGGUGCGCCGGCGCGCGUCCUUCCCCGCCGCGCUGCCCGCGACGUUUCGGGAGGGGGAUCGAGAACUGCUGUGACUUUUGAGGUCCGACUCCUCCUUCCGGCCAGCCUUGCGACGCACCAGCUCCGAGACAGGCCAGUGUGCCCGGCAGGCCCCGAAGGCUCCCUGCGUGGUGCCGGGACUUGGAACGUGUCCGAGAGCCCGCGGCGCCGUGCGCGCUGGUGAGUUUGCGGGUCGGGCGGGGUGGCCCCGGCGCCAGGGGCGGAGAGGACGUCGCGAGUGGCCCCGGCCCCCGAGUGCUGACCCCACUUUGAGAGUGAUUGAGACUUGAUCGUGACUGCGGACCUGCGAGGAUGCUGGCGCCGGGUGCGGGUUGUUCCUCAGCCCGGCGUGAUGGAGCGGACCGGUGAGCGGAACAAAGGCACCGGCCCAGAGGAGCGGAUCCUCGGCUGAAGAGCGCGGCUCGUGCGCCGCGACGGCUGCUGCGGGCGAGGGUGGUGGCUGUGCGGCUCCCGGAGUGGCGCGCUCCUCCGCGGGCGGACGGCGAGCCCUGAGCCCGGCACCUGCGCGCCGCUCCCGCCCCCGCUCCCGACUAGCCCGGUCUGCCCGCCCGCCGGCCCGGGGGUUUGCGGCCACCGCGGCCCAAGGAACAGAGACGAGCCCCUUGCUGGUGCAGAGGAGAGACCCCGGGUCCCCGGCUUUCGCCGCCAAUCCUGGAACGGGCUGCGCUCCGUGGACUGAGCAGGCGUCUCCGGGAGCACUUCUGCAGACCCCGUGCUUCCAUGUGGGCGAUUGCGCUCUGACCCCGACCACCCAGUCGUCUCCCCGGUCCUCCCAGUCGUCUCCGCUGCGGGAGCAUCUGCACUUCGGGGCCAGCAGCGGCUGGGAUCCUCGCCCGCCGUCAGGUGCGUGAGGCUCGCACGGCCCCAGGCUGUCCCGCGCCUCGCCGGGGUCCGAGGGCGCGCGGGUCCGGGGCGAGGGCCGGCCGGGUUGUUUGAUGGCUUCACUGAGGAGAGUCAAAGUGCUGCUGGUGUUGAACUUGAUUGCGGUGGCCGGCUUCGUGCUCUUCCUGGCCAAGUGCCGGCCCAUCGCGGUGCGCAGCGGAGACGCCUUCCACGAGAUCCGGCCGCGCGCUGAGGCGGCCAACCUCAGCGCGCACAGCGUCAGCCCCAUCCAGGAUGCAGUCCUGAAGCGCCUCUCGCUGCUGGAGGACAUCGUCUACCGGCAGCUGAAUGGCUUAUCCAAAUCCCUUGGGCUCAUCGAAGGUUAUGGUGGGCGGGGCAAAGGGGGCCUUCCUGCUACCCUCUCCCCGGCUGAAGAGGAAAAAGCCAAGGGCCCCCACGAGAAGUACGGCUACAACUCCUACCUCAGUGAGAAGAUCUCACUGGACCGCUCCAUCCCCGAUUAUCGUCCCACCAAGUGCAAGGAGCUCAAGUACUCCAAGGAGCUGCCCCAGAUCUCCAUCAUCUUCAUCUUCGUGAACGAGGCUCUGUCGGUGAUCCUGCGGUCCGUGCACAGCGCCGUCAAUCACACGCCCACGCACCUGCUCAAGGAGAUCAUCCUGGUGGACGACAACAGUGACGAAGAGGAGCUGAAGGCCCCGCUGGAGGAGUACGUCCACAAACGCUACCCAGGGCUGGUGAAGGUGGUGCGCAACCAGAGAAGGGAGGGCCUGAUCCGAGCACGCAUCGAGGGCUGGAAGGUGGCCACCGGCCAGGUGACCGGCUUCUUCGACGCCCACGUGGAGUUCACUGCUGGCUGGGCUGAGCCGGUUCUGUCCCGCAUCCAGGAAAACCGGAAGCGAGUGAUCCUGCCCUCCAUCGACAACAUCAAGCAGGACAACUUUGAGGUGCAGCGCUACGAAAACUCGGCCCACGGGUACAGCUGGGAGCUGUGGUGCAUGUACAUCAGCCCCCCGAAAGACUGGUGGGACGCCGGAGACCCUUCUCUCCCCAUCAGGACCCCGGCCAUGAUCGGCUGUUCCUUCGUGGUCAACAGGAAGUUCUUUGGGGAAAUCGGUCUUCUGGACCCUGGAAUGGACGUGUAUGGAGGAGAAAACAUCGAGCUGGGAAUCAAGGUAUGGCUCUGCGGGGGCAGCAUGGAGGUGCUGCCUUGCUCACGGGUGGCCCACAUUGAGCGGAAGAAGAAGCCGUACAACAGCAACAUUGGCUUCUACACCAAGAGGAACGCUCUCCGGGUUGCCGAGGUCUGGAUGGACGAUUACAAGUCUCAUGUGUACAUAGCGUGGAACCUGCCACUGGAGAACCCAGGGAUCGACAUCGGCGACGUCUCUGAGCGAAGAGCCCUAAGGAAGAGUCUGAAGUGCAAGAACUUCCAGUGGUACCUGGACCACGUCUACCCGGAGAUGAGGAGAUACAACAACACCGUCGCCUACGGGGAGCUUCGCAACAACAAGGCCAAAGACGUCUGCCUGGACCAGGGGCCGCUAGAGAACCACACAGCCAUCCUCUACCCGUGCCACGGCUGGGGGCCGCAGCUCGCCCGCUACACCAAGGAGGGCUUCCUGCACCUGGGGGCCCUGGGGACCACCACGCUGCUCCCGGACACCCGCUGCCUGGUGGACAACUCCAAGAGCCGGCUGCCCCAGCUCCUGGACUGCGACAAGGUCAAGACCAGCCUCUACAAGCGCUGGAACUUCAUCCAGAAUGGAGCCAUCAUGAACAAGGGCACGGGGCGCUGCCUGGAGGUGGAGAACCGCGGCCUGGCUGGCAUUGACCUCAUCCUCCGCAGCUGCACAGGACAGAGGUGGACAAUCAAGAACUCCAUCAAGUAGAUGGAGGAGCUGGGCCAGCGGGAGCCCAGCCCAGGACAGGCCAAUCCAUCCUUGGGCCUGGCCACAUGGUGGAGAGACAACGGGGGGGCACGCAGGUGCUGGUGGGACCCCAGGGCUCCUGCAGGGCAGCACAGGGACCCCAGAGGACGACUUUGUGUCCCCCUGUGGAGUCAGCUGCCCCGAGGUCCAUGCGCCCUGGAAGAACCCCCUAAUGCUUCUCUGGGGAACCAGGACUGUCUCCUGCAGCCCCCGCUGUGGCCUGGCCCAGGAGAGAGACUGUCCACCUCUGCGUCAUCUCCCACCUUGGUGUCAGCGUCCGGGCCUGGCAGGGUCCCCUUCUCUUAUCCUUUGCCGCCGCAGCAGCUUCUGAUUUCGACCCGACCCUCAGUGAAGAGGGAGCGGUGGAACUUCAGCACGUGGGGCUCCCCCGAGAGGGGGCAGCGAGCCUCCAAGACCCCGUUCCACUGAGGCUGCUUCUGCUCAGAUCCCGGUCACACCCCAGGCAAUUGCUGGCCUCCAAAUUCCACCGGUUGGCUUUGGGGUACAGCUGUCCACGCCUCUGGGCCCUCUGAGGCUGCUGCCCGGCCACCUGGGUGCUAGGUUCCUAUGGAUGCCCAUGGGCCAGCUCUCCUGCGUGUGUCCAGAGGGACCGGGCAGGCUGUCCGCAGGGCGGCCUCUGCUGUAGGGGCCCACAGGUUGGUCUGGGAGUCCUGCUGGUGGGGUAGCCAAGGGCCUCCGAGCUGAGCAGCGGCCGGAAGCCAGCCCAGCGAGAGGCAGGGACACGGAGGCCCUGCUGUCCCCGCCUGAGGGGGCAGCCGCUUCCUCCCGGGCGUGCGGGCUUCUUUCCGACUGCCCUCUGGUGAGGGUGCACUUGUAAAUCAGAGUUAAUAUAUGGACGCGCGUGCGGGCACGUGGGCGGGUGUGUCUGAGUGUGAGUGCGGCGGAGUAGAUGCAGCCGUGUGGCCUCGCUGCUCGUAGCUCACCUGGGGGGGACGUGGGACCAGGCUGCUGAGAAGAAGGGCCAGCCCCACGUCCUCGCCAAGAGGAUUCGAGGGAGCAGCCCUGCCUGCUGGGUGCCCUUCCGCCGCUCACCCCUCUGCCACGGCCGUCCUUGGCCGACCCUGCCCAGAACCAAACCCUGUAGCUGCCCAUUGCCCUGUGUGGGGUUCCCAGCGCCUCAUCUGGUGACACCCUGUUGGUGACCGUCCCCCGGCCCCUCCCACCUGUGGAAUAAACACGGUAGUGCUU